UUCUUGAUGAUUUUUCCGUCCUAUUUGUAGUAUUACUAAGUAGAAAAGGAAAGUGAAUUUAGUGAAAUUUUCUUCGCAGGACCCAUUGGGAACGCUUAAAAGUCAUGAUUAACUACAUCUGACAUAAUAUACAAUGAGUUGUUUUGAAGCACUUUUUUCUUAUUUUGUUUGACUGAGAUUUGGUGCUUAGACUUGAGCUGAUGUUUUCCCUUGCCCCCCUUUCCUGUCAUCUGGCUGUUCUAACUACAAAAGUUUAAAGAAAUUGAAAGACUGUGACUGGUUUGUAUACUACUGACUGUUUUACUAAUCAAUAUUUAAUAUGGUUUUCAUAGGAUAUGUAACAUGACACUGAUAUUCUGGACAGUUUAUCAUAGGAGCCUCUGUGAAGCUGUUUUUUUGAAGUAAUGCCAAUAGAAAGUGGAAGUUGUGCAUCUGCUCGCCAAGCAAAGCAAAAACGUAAAUCACACAGUCUUUCCAUCCGGAGAACCAACAGUUCUGAGCAGGAACGGGCAGGACUGCAGAGAGACAUGUUGGAAGGGCAGGAUUCUAAGCUACCAUCUUCUGUCCGGAAUACACUCCUUGAACUUUUUGGGCAAAUAGAACGGGAAUUUGAAAACCUGUAUAUUGAAAAUUUGGAAUUGCGUAGAGAGAUCGAUACACUGAAUGAGCGUUUAGCAGGUGACGGACAGACAAUUGAUGGAGCUGAACUGAGCAAAGGACAGCUGAAAACAAAAGCCAGUCAUAGUACCAGUCAGCUUUCUCAGAAAUUAAAGACAACUUACAAGGCAUCUACUAGCAAGAUUGUAUCCAGUUUUAAAACUACAACAUCAAGGGCAAUCUGUCAACUGGUAAAGGAAUAUGUUGGCCACAGGGAUGGUAUUUGGGAUGUCAGUGUCGCAAAAACUCAGCCAGUGGUGUUGGGAACUGCAUCUGCUGAUCACACUGCUUUACUGUGGAGCAUAGAAACAGGGAAGUGCCUUGUCAAGUACGUAGGGCAUGUUGGAUCAGUAAACUCCAUAAAGUUUCAUCCCACUGAGCAAGUGGCUCUUACAGCAUCUGGAGACCAGACAGCUCACAUCUGGAGAUACAUAGUACAGUUGCCUACACCUCAGCCAACUGCAGACUGCAAUCAAGUGACUGGAGAAGACGAAGUUGAGUUCUCAGAUAAAGAUGAACCUGAUGGAGAUGGGGAUGGUUCCAGUGAUUGCCCCACUGUCAGAGCGCCGUUAACUUCUCUGAAAAGCCAUCAAGGAGUGGUCAUAGCAGCUGACUGGCUGGUUGGGGGGAAGCAGGCUGUGACAGCAUCGUGGGAUAGGACAGCAAAUCUGUAUGAUGUAGAGACUUCUGAACUUGUCCAUUCUCUUACAGGGCACGACCAAGAGCUCACGCAUUGUUGUACACAUCCCACCCAGCGUCUUGUGGUGACAUCAUCACGCGAUACAACCUUCCGUCUGUGGGAUUUCAGAGAUCCUUCUAUCCAUUCCGUGAAUGUCUUUCAGGGCCACACAGACACUGUGACAUCUGCAGUUUUCACUGUGGGAGACAAUGUUGUUUCUGGUAGUGAUGACCGUACAGUAAAAGUCUGGGAUUUGAAAAACAUGAGAUCUCCUAUUGCAACAAUCCGUACAGAUUCUGCAGUCAACAGGAUUAACGUAUGUGUUGGCCAAAGAAUCAUCGCCCUUCCACAUGACAACCGACAGGUCAGAUUGUUCGACAUGUCAGGAGUGCGAUUAGCUCGGCUCCCUCGCAGUAACAGACAGGGGCACAGGAGGAUGGUGUGCUGCUCCGCCUGGUGUGAGGACCAUCCCAUAUGUAACCUCUUCACGUGUGGGUUUGAUCGUCAGGCUAUCGGGUGGAACAUCAACAUCCCUGCUUUGCUACAGGAGAAAUGAAAUCCUGAAGGAGUUUCUGCGUUUGUGUCGCCAUGGACUUCUACACUUUGGCAGACUGCUCUGAACACUGGUCUGCUCCCGCUGUAAAAGCUCUGCCAUAAGGGGAGGCUUGAGCAAAUGUUGUUCUUGUUACCACAUUGUGCACAGUUUGCAUGAGUUGUACAGAAGAUGUGAUUUUUUUAAAGAUUAGUUUGUCUUGUGUAUGAACUUUUAUAUUUUGGCAUCCACUGGUCAAUAUGUUCACUGUUGCAUAGAGCACAUAAAUGUCCAUAAGUUAUUUAGCAUUCAAUAGUUACACAGUAGGGCAUUACAUUUGUGACAUAAAUGUGAAACUUAUGUAAUUACUGUAGAGAGUGUAUAGCAGUCUGUUAUGUUUUUCCAUGACUCUACAUAUCUGCCUUGUGUUAAAAAGAAUCUGCAGGGCUAAAACUUUGAAAUGAAGUGUGAAUUUCACUAGUUGUAUGAUUGUAAACAUUUUCCUGUUUGCAUCUGAUUUGGAAUACUUUUUUUAGUGCUGCGUUAUAGUGCAACUUCAGCUCCAUUUUUAUUCCAGUUACUGGAGAAAUAGUAGAUUUGAGAAGGAAAAUGCAAGCAACUUGUAGUGAAUAUAGACUGCCAGGUUUAUUUGUAAUGCUUUUUGUACUUUUUCUUUUGAAAAAAGAAAAAUAUUUGUUCUGCCCUUCUUAUAUAAAGUGAUUCUAAAACCUCAUUGCAUUUCAUACUAGCAAAAAUCCAGAAUAUUAUAAAUCUAAUCACUGAAAUCUGGUCAAACAAAUUCUGAAGCACUUUAGUUUAUAGCUGUUGUUAUAAACCGUUUAUGAAAGUUUGACUUUACCAGUGAAUGUGAGCGGACCUUUGUAAGAAGGAUUACUUCUUUUUGGUGAUCUGCCCAGAAAGGAAAUAGUUUUUUUGGGGGGUGGUGUUUUUGUUUAUGUACCUACAGUGAGCAUAUUUUUAAUUGUGUUCACUUCCCAUAUUUUUAUUUUGAGCCAGCAAUACAAAGCAAAUGAGUACUACCUCAAAAAUGAAUGUUGGUCAAGAUGUGUCGAAUCUCUCUGUAGCCUAGAAAAAAGCACUUUUGGUCUCUGCCUGAAGUACUAUCUCUGACACGAGAGGAAAGACAAUCAUGCUACAUGUGAUCCUUAAGGUAAUUAACACUUAAAGCUAGUGGAGCAAUACAGUCAGUAAACAUCAUCUGUUACCUUUCUGUUCUCGGACACAAGGGCUGCUGCAGUCCCUGUCCUGUUCCAGAAGGGGAUAAUUAACACAGGUCUCCCUUCUUUCUCCCACAUGAUCUUCCUCUGGUUUUGCUCCUCACUGUACUUGGCUGUUUUUUGCACUGGCAGUGGGGUGUUACAUUGCAGCUGCUUAUGAUGUAAGUAAAUGCAGGUGGCAGCUGAUGUCUUCAAAAGAACAGAAAGGCUGCUUCAGACAGACACCUAUUUUUGGCUAAAGGGAGAUGCUGCCCCUAUAACUGUCUGACAUAUCACAGUAUAAUAUGAAGGGUGAGGGUAAGCCAAGGGUACACUCUUACAGUGGGAAUCAUGGGGUUUAUGGUGGGUUGGCAGAAGUAUUAGGAGCGUUUUAUCUCAUCAUUAUGAUUUUGUGAAACUGCAGCUGUGCUCAUGUCCUCUACAGCACUGUUUAUAAUGACAUGAAGACAGAUGUGUUAGCUGGUUCUGUUAACUAACAUAUAUAUGGCAUGGGAGUGCAAUGGGAUUGGAUGAUGAAUGCAUCAGUGAGGAACUGUAGGAAAGCAGGGGUCCUAGACAUAGUUUUGGAGUGUAGCAUUAAGGAAGCUCAAAAUAUUUAAUGGAGGAUAUAUAUGCAGUAUCUGUAUAGUACAGGUCAUCAUAGUAGUUUGACCCCUUGUUUUUUUCUUUUGUGGAGUUUGGUUUUUUGGUUUUUUUUGAGAUACAAGAUACAUACACAGCUGUGCUGAAGUAAUCUUAAAUACCAAAACCAGUGAGGUUGCACAAAGCAGCUGCAGAGUUUUAAGUCUUCUGCUGAUAAAAGUUAAAUGAUGGUGUCAAAGUUUAUUUUCACUUUUUUUUUUUUUCCUGGGUUUUUAACUCUGGGGUAAAGCCGUUUAAUGUUGAGUUACAGGUUUUAUUCCUUAAGAAGACAAGACUCAUUUUCUUUUAGUUGGUGACAGGAAGAAUUUUACAAAGGUUUAUGCUGUUUAAAAAUAGAGAGAAAAAUGUCUGGCCAGUUAAAGCAGUUUCUCCAGCGUGGCCUGCAUGUAGUAUCUUGAGCAAUGGCUGUCCUUUAUUACCUGAGGUGGGGGAGAGGCUCACUGGUUUUGGUCCUGCUAAACUAAAGUGUCUGUUUAAGCUUCUCUAAUACAUAUGUAAUACAGGACCACUGGACUCUAUGCAGUUUAAUCAUCAUUGCUGCAAACUUUUUAUAUCACCAGAGGGACCGUCCUCUGGUACCAGGAAUGGGUUAUUACAUUGUUUCAUUUUGAAAAAAUCAAGCAAACAAGGUGCUAGAGCCACGUUCUUAUGAGCAGGCUAAUACUUAAAUCAGCUGAACACUUAACUAUCACGUAGCUUAAUUUUAUAUGCUGUACUGAAGGGUAAGCAGAACUGCCAUUCCCCUUGAAGCAAAACAUGUGAGCCAUGGUGAAUAAUACAACAUUGACUUAAUGUGUGGAAAGCAUUUCAUGGCUUUUAAUGUUCUAAAGAGUGUUUUUCAGCACUGAACAAUGUCUAGCAUUUCAUAAAAUGGAGGAGAGUUGCAGUUACAGUUUCAGUAUUGUGCAGAAUUUCACAGAAAACUCAUCACUGGGCAAAACCAAGCUUCUGUGUCUUUCUCUCAAGCAAUGCACAUCAGUUUUCACAAAGUUUGUGUAUAAUAUAGAGUCAGAAAGAUCUGGAAUGAAACGUCUUAUUUGUUGCCUAAAUCUGUGAAAACUACCUUUUGGGGAAAAGAAUUUAUAAGUUAUGUGGAACCACUUUUUAUUAUUCUGCUAAUUUGUUUUUAGAUGUAAAAUGUUUUUCUUCAUUACAAUUCAAAAUGCAUUAAAACAUUCAACAAUUU